AUGGAUACUAUUUGGUCAUGUGGUUUCGGUCUCGACACUGAUAUGCAAAAUAAUGUCAAUGAUCCGUAUCUUCUCAUGUCACAAAAGGUUUUUUCACCGAACAUAAUUCUUGGAAUACUAUUCAUUUUGGCUCUUUUGAUAACAGAAUUAACAGCAGUGUGGAGAAUUAUAUUUUGGUCACUCGGUAGUAUCCGCUAUGGACUUCGACGCUAUAUUCCUGUGACAAAGCGAUUCAUUGACGAAAGUCCCGGUACAUGGAUUUUGAAACAAGCCACCGAAAUGAUCGAAAAACGUAAACAUAUUGGUCAAACUGGUCGAACAGAUUUAUUACAAUUGAUGCUCGAGUCCAUGUCCGAUGAAGAUUUUAUUCAAGAAGGUCAAGCAUCAUUCGAGAAAAAUGAUGACACUGAAGUCGAAGCACCACUAGUUCGAAAAAUAACCAAACAUGAAAUCUCGGCCAACAUUUUCCUUUUUAUGAUUGCUGGUUAUGAGACUACAAGUACAGCUCUUGCUUAUGUGACAUAUGUUCUUUCUACUUAUCCAGACGAACAGCGAAAGUUACAAGAGCAUAUCGAUGCUCAUUUCAAUCCAGAAACAGAACACAUCAUGCCAACAUAUGAAACCAUCGUUAAGAUGGACUAUUUGGAUAUGUUUAUUCGAGAGACUCUUCGCAUGUUUCCUAUUGCACCUAUGGCGAUUACCCGUCAAAGUGUCGAUGAUUUUCACAUUAAAGGCUUUGGCGCCAUACCGACAGGUACACUGAUUACCGUCGACAUGUUCAAUUUGCAUUUUAAUCCAAAUUUAUGGGGUCCCUUGGAUCCAUACGAGUUUCAUCCUGAAAGAUUCGCCACUAAACGACAUCCAAUGGCGUGGAUUCCGUUCGGAGCUGGGCCGCGUAAUUGUGUGGGAAUGCGUUUUGCUUUGCUUGAAAUGAAAAUGCAACUAAUGUAUUUGAAAGUAUCACUUACAAUACUUUGUCAAUGUUUACAUCUAAAUCUGCCAUUGAAGAAAAAAAUUGAAGGACAAUUUAUUUAUUUACGAUUUCAAUUGUUAGAUCAACAAUUUCGUUUUGAUCUCGAUCGAUAUUUAUGA